AUGAUGCUGGAACAGCUUACUCAAUACGCAAAAUCAAUCCUGGACCCGAAUAGUCCACUGUCAUCAGUAGCCAUGAUCAUGUCGGGAUGUGUUCUAAAUGUGAUUGUCUUGGAAAUGAUUUUGAAUUUGGACUCAAAGAUGGGACCUCUACUCACUCUGAUUCAAUUCAUAUUUAUUUCUCUUGAAUCGUUACGGCAUAAUAUUGACUGGGAAACAAAAUCUUUAAAGAAGAGAGCCAUUCCUCUCUGGUUCUAUUCUAUACUGGUGUUUUUAUUCUUUUUCCAAUCCGUUGUAAAUAAUUUAGUAUUCAAAUAUCAUAUUUCUAUUAUUUUACACACCAUCUUCCGAAGCAGUUCCUUGUUGAUGAAUUUAUUGAUUGGAAUUUUACUCUUUGGUAAAUCACAACCAAAAGAAAAGAUUAUUUCUGUUCUGAUGAUUACCAUCGGAAUAUUUAUUGCUGUGGUUGCAUCCAACAAGAGUGAAUCUAUUGUAUUUGGACAAGAAAUUGUCGGAACUGCUUGGGUCAUGGGUUUGAUACUACUUACGGCGAGUCAAUUUUCUACUGGACUAUUAGGAAAUUUACAAUCGUAUGGAUACUCGAAAUAUGGAACCAGUGAUGAGAAUGAGAAUAUUUUCUAUUCGCAUCUUCUCUCCAUUCCUUGUUUUAUUUUCUUUAAAGAUGAUCUAGUGGAAAAUUUUGAAACCAUGCAGAAAUUUCCAAUUUUGUAUUGGUACAUGCUUUUGAGCGUGUUGACACAAAUUGUUUGCAUUAAGGGUGUCUAUAGAUUGACAGCUCAAACAAAUUCGCUCACAACGACAUUGACCAUUACCAUUAGAAAGUUUGUGAGCUUAUUGUUUAGUAUUUUCUAUUUUGGAAAUACCUUUACGUGGCUUCAUGCAAUAGGAACCUUCUUGGUGUUUUACGGAACUCAUUUGUUUGUGCAGAAUCCAAAAAGCACCAUCACAAAUGCCGAGUCAGCUCGCUCACAAAGUUUGUCUUCGCCGACAACAGAGUUGCCUUCCUCUACAAAACUACCAAAUGUGACCGAUCUCAAAUCCAAGCAUGUACAGAAUUAA